AUGAAAGGUAUCCUACAGAAAACUGACUUGGCUGGAAGAAUCCUUCAGUGGGUAGUUGAGCUGUCUGAAUUUGACCUCAAGUAUGAAGCUCAGACGGCCAUCAAGUCUCGGUACCUGGCCGACUUUGUCGCAGAGUACACCGACACUCCAGAAAACCCCAUUGAUUGGAACCUCUAUGUUGAUGGCUCAUCAAACAAAGCUGGGAGUGGGGCUGACGUUAUCCUGGAAAGUGACCAAGGGAUCCAACUCGAACUCUCCUUAAGGUUCGAGUUCCCCGCCUCAAAUAAUCAAGCCGAGUAUGAAGCCUUACUGGCUGAUAAAAAGGAGGCAAAAAGGCUCAUACGAGAGGCGCAAUAUUACACCAUAUCACACGACGUCCUAUACAGAAGAGGGAUCUCAACACCCCUCCUAAAAUGUGUCCCGAAUUUCGCCACAAAGGAAGUCCUGGAAGAAGUCCACAGCGGCAUGUGCAGCAAUCACCUCGGGGCUCGAGCCCUAUCCAAAAAGGACAACGGAACCCAGUUCACCGACACAGGCUUCAAGAACAUGGUGGCUGACCUAAAGAUAAAGCACCAGUUCACCUCAGUAGAACACCCGCAAGCCAACGGACUGGCGGAAGCCGCCAACAAAGUCAUACUGGCCGGGCUGAAAUGCCAUCUGCAGGACGCAAAAGUAGCCUGGGUUGAAGAGCUCCCACAAGUGUUAUGGGCAUACCGGACAAUACCGUACUCUACCACGGGGGAAUCAUCUUUCCGACAUGCUUACGGAAUGGAGACAAUGAUCCCCGUAGAAGUAGGCGAAAGAUCCCCUAAGGUGAUCUUCUACAACGAUGACACCAACUCCCAAGCACAAAGAAAAUAA